AUGUUAUCUUCUUCUCCAUCUUAUGGUAUGGCUGAAAGAUUAUUAAACAUUCGAUCUUCAUCCACUGAGAAACCAGCAGCAGCAUCUUAUAAUACAGCUGUAAUUGUCGCUGUUGUAGUUCCAGUCGUUGUGGUUUUACUUAUUCUGGGCGUGGUUUUAAUAAUAGUUUGGAAAAGAAACCAAAAAGAAAAAUUGGAAGAUGAUCAUCCAGAUUUUGUCGGAGAAAUGGAAUAUCUACCACCAAUAAUCCUUAAUUAUGAUAAGGAUUAUCCUGCUGUCGGUAAUAAUUCCGUUUUUGCCAAUUCUUCGAUUAAUUUAUUAUCCAACAAUAAUGAAAAUGAACUUAGACCCCCAAAAAGCUUUUCUAAGAAUUUACAGUUGUCAAGGGUAUCCUCUGCAGGUACAAAUAAUAUUAAUAGGACCAUAUACGCACAAGAUCCAUUUCAAUUACCUAUAUUAGUUCAACCACUUGACGAUAAUUCUGACCGUGGUACCACCAAUAAAAGUAGUCUUGGUAUUAACGAUAAAAAUGCAUCUACAGAGGAUUUAAGGUAUUUGGCUUACAAUAUCAUAGACAAAGAUGUUGGAGGAUAUAAUGUCGCUAAGAAAUAUGCCAGCACUUCAUCCACCCUCCCUCUUGGCGCCCCAGUAUAUUCGGAAUCCAAAUUGAGUAAUGUAGUCACUGCAGGUCACGAUGCUCACAAUACUAGUGCUAAGGUCGCAAUCGCUACUAAUGAUAAAACACUUUCCUCUUCUUCCGCCAAUACUACCACUAGCACUGCAACCACCACCACCAGUGCUACUGUUGCUACUGAUGAAUUGAAGAAUAAGGAACAAAAGGAUGGGAAUCCAUUUAGAAAUCAUGAAGGACAAUUAAAUGAAGAAAUCGAUUCAUUUGAAUUUAUUGAACCAGAAAGGCAGGAAAGCGAAGACAAAGAGUCUUUUUUAAAACCGAUAAAAGACGAGAAGCAUUUCAUAGUUAUUGAUAAAGAGGACAAUGAUGAAGCUACUAGUGUGUUGUCGAAGGAGAAUAUAAACGGUAAUGUUAAUGAUGAAGAAGAAAAUACCAAGAGGUUGAAAAGUAUAUACAAUAUUUAUUUGGAUCGAAACAGUACUAUUCGUAGUUUUGUACCAGAAAUCCAUGAUGAAGAAAAUUAUGGGCAAGAAGAGUACCAUAGCGAUACUGAAUUACCUGUAAAUCAUGAAAAAAUGAUCCAAGUUGAAAUGCAUAGGAACAGCGUAGCAGAUACAUUUAAUUUUAAUGAAAACCAAGAUCCUGAUCUAAGUACAAAUAAUGACAGCAUUGCCCAUGAUGUUAAUACUGCAACUACCGCUGCUAUUGCUAUUGAUGAUAAUAAUAAUAAUAAUAAUAAUAAUAAUAAUAAUAAUAAUAAUAAUAACAAUAAUAAUAAUAAUCCAACUGUAACAAAUAGUGUCAGAGCUACAUCAUCCAUAUAUUCCGAAUAUCCACUAUUUAAUCAACAAGCAUAUACUUUAAAUUACCCGUUACCACAAAAUCAGCAGCCAAUUCCUUAUUUGCCACCACCACAGCCAGAUUAUGACAUACAACAACAAGAACACCAAUAUAACACCCCUGACAACAUCUAUAUGCAACAGCAAGGUUACCAAUACAACAAUUUUAAUUAUAACGAUCCUUUCAACAACUCUCAGGCUAAUAUACCAUAUCAUUAUUUGCAUCCACAGGAUAGAGAAGAAAUUGAAGAAUUACCGACACCUAGUGAAUUGAGAAACUCUAGAACAUUACAUUCAUUGACUUCCUUUAAAGCACCCAAUAGAAAUAACCUAAUAGCCAAUAAACCAUUCAAUCCUAUCCAGAACCCGGAACUGGCAUACUCGUCUGGGCAGCAGCAGCAGCAGCAGGUACCGCAACAAUUGGAAGGGACAAAUAUUAAUAAUAGUACAACAGCCCCUGGUGCUGGCACCAAAUUUCUACCGCAUCAUUUAAGAGAAAGUAUUGUUAUGAUGGAUCCGAUGAAAUUAAGUAAUAUGGGUAAAACUUACAAGCCUGCUGGUAGUUUUAGAAAAGAAUUAACUAUACAAAGGACCGGUUCGAUGAAUAAUUCAAUUUAUCUACAAAACCAUCAACAACGUCAGCCAUUAAAUCAGCAAUAUAAAAACACUUUGCCCCCCAUAAUCCAGCAACCCGAUUAUAGAGUGAGCGGGUUAUUAGACGAUAUGGAUUGCCAAGUUCCUGUUGAUAUCGGCGACGUAUUGUAUCCUACUCAUGAAAAGAAUAAAGUUGGUUACCGUAAACAGCUAAAGAUCGAUGGACAAAGAUAA